CGUCACAAUGACGGCGUAUCGGAUUACUUGCCAAGCAAUAGCCACUGCAGAUCCACUGACUGGAUAUUGUAAAAUCGAUUAACAUAAUCUUUAUUCCCUUCCCGUAUAUUUGAACACAUCUGUCAAGAUUCGUAUGAAAUAAAACUGUGGAAUUUGGUGAGUAUGUACGCAGUAGCGUAAACUUUCUGGCAUAACAUGCCAUGCAGCGCUAUACGCUAUAUUUUAAAAUGAAAAAUAAUUUAAUUUGAGCGCAUUCAAUAGCAAAUAUUUCAGUUAUUCAGUAAUCUUUCAGUUUCUUUGUAGAACAAGUCAAAAGGGAGGGUAUUUGCGCUAUAAAUAUGCUUGUUUGUACUACAUGCAUUUAUCUAUUCAAUAACAAAUAUCUAGAUUUGCUUCCAUUGGGUAUAACAGUAACAUUGUAACAUUGUGCCAGAGAUGCACGUGUUGCACGAUAUUUGAACUUUGGCAACGUGCUUCGGUGCUAGCACAGUUUUGAUUUCAGGUUAUUAAAUGUUGCUAAAACGUUGGUAUACCCUAGCCUAGUAUCUGCAUAAACCUAUAAAUAAUUUGAUAUAUAUGAAAUUGAAAGUUUGGAUUAUAAUUUGACUGAUUCUAAUGUCAGUAAUGAAUUUGUAUUCUAUUAAUACAAUGUCUGUCAAAUAUCUCAGACAAUAUAAAUAUAAUUGUUUCUCUGAAACAGAGAUGAGACCCAAUUUAUCUUACAGUGUAAAAGCAGUGUGCUACUCCGAGCAAAGUUAAGUCAAAAUCUUUGUUGGCUAUUUGGCAUAUUACCCAAUGGAACACCAAAUAGCAUGUAUGGUUGAGUACUGUAUGUGCCUGGUGGAUUGACAGUUAAUAGUGGAUAUUUAUAAUCAGAUGCAUCAUUAAAACUGCAAUAUGUUUGACAAAGAUUUACUUUUCGCUUUUAAACUCCAUAUAAUCAAUUUACCUUGCCUGACCAUUUUAGGGAUUAUUUCAGUAAUUAGAUAAUUUCACAGUAAUUACUAAAUGAAAGCAACUUCCUGUGGACAUAAAAAUGGGAUGAAAUUUAAUCUUAUGCACAGAUAAAUCCCCAUCUUGAGAGGAAGUGCUUACAUGUGCAGUGUGCUUUAAGUUUUGUUGCGGACCGUGGUGCAAUUUAUGCCUGCAUUUUCUUCUGCUAGACAUAAACAAGGAGACUGUAAGAAAUUUCACAGUUAAUCAAGAUCAUACUUAAUCAACAUGUAUGCUCAAAACCCAGGUAAAUAUUGUUAAUGUUAGCCAGCACUUGAGCAAGCUUGUUGUGAGUGCAUUUUUUGUAGUUUGUCUGUAUUUCUCGUUUGCUUGUUAUUUGUAUUGUUAUCAACUUAUUUGAAUCACAAAAAUGUGUCUACAUGACUACAUCAGGUUAUAAUUGACUAAAUCUUGAAAAGGUAGUUGGUAAAUAUAAUAUAUCGGCAAUAUCUUGGGUAUUGCAAGAUGUUAAUCUUUGCAAUUUGCAUUUAUAUAUUGUUCCUUUCUUCAUAUUAUUUGUGAAAUGUUCAUGUCUGAAAAGAGCAUUUGACCUAAUCAGCUGAACAUCACAUGAAACCAUUUAUACCACAACAUUUGAAUUAGAAUUGAAUUGCCAAACACAUGCUAAGAGGCAAAAUACAAAGCUUUGAAAAAUUAUCAGCAAUUAAAUUUCCAACCAGGAAAAGACAAAGGAAAUUGUUACCACCAUCUGUGUUUUUAUAUGUGAUAAAAAAUCAUGUUAAUUUACAUAAAUUUUGGCUUUGAUUUUCUCAGCUUAGACAACGUUGAUUUUCAAAAUUACUUUGCCAACGAAGUCAUACUGAAUGCGUUGUUUUUUAAGCCAUUUAAAACACUCUCAGUCAUUGCUUUAUGAGAUAAACAUACGGCUUUUGCCCGUGUUUUAGAUCUGAUAAAGUACUCGUGCUUGUGUUUCAAAUGGCACAUAAUUUUGGGCAAGUUUUAAAUAAUAAGUAAUUAAAUCAUUUGUAUGUGGUUUAGGCUACCCACCGCAAGCAGGAAGUGCAUAUCCUCCUGGCCCUGGUAAUAUUGAAUUUUUUCUUUUCAUGCAAAAUUUAUCGUUUUUAAAAAGUUUGAAUUUUAUCGUCCAUAUUUUAUUCAGCUCCUCCGGCAACUUUGUUUGAUGCUGUGGCAGGUUAUGAGAAAACUGUGUAUGGCCAAGGUUUGUGAUUACCGUGAUGUAGUAAGUCGAGACUAUAAGAUCAGGUUACUUGAAGUGCGACUAACCACAAACAUAAUUUUUGGUAUGUGUAGUAUUUGGGUCAUUCUGAGAAGAAAUGCAUGUAAUAUAUCUACCCUUGUUGAUCAACUUUUUCACUGUCAAAGUUCCAGAUAUGAUGUCAUUAGGUGAUUUUUUGGUACAAAAAAAAACAAAGGAAAACUAACACAAAACAACAGCCUUUCUUCCCCUUGUCAAAAUGAUUAAAUUCACACCAUUAAAUUUGUGUGUAACAUUUAAAUUUUAAACAACUUCAUUUCACUGUGUCAUAUUUCAGGUUAUGCUCCACCCCCUCCUAGUGCCCCUCCCAUGCCAGAAGAGAGACGACCAGAUGAAGAAUUUGUAAGGUAGGUCAGACAUGGUACUGACUACUGAGGCAUGUUAUCAAAUAUCAUAAAUUCUCUAUUAAAUCUCCUCCCUUCCAGGGAUGGAUUUGCUGGGGGGGUGUGUGCAGGGGGGGGGGGGUUGCACCCCCAAGCCCUGGCCAGAGGGGGUGCAGGGGGGGUGUGCUAUUUUUUAAGAUAAAGCAAAAAAGACAAAAUGAGAUACAGUAAUUUGAGUAAUAACAUGAUGAUAAGUGAACUGUGAACAACAAUUCAAAUUCAAAUACAGUAGUUGAUGGGCGGGCGGCACACAUGGCCGACACAACUCGGCAGUUGGCACCAGAGCACCUACCAGAUCAUACUGGAUCCAUCCCUGCUCCAUCCUCAAAUAUAAGCCCUCCUCUAAUAGCCCCGCAUUUGAAGUCCCCUCUGUACCCCCUUCCCCCUAUCUUCACAAACAACUGUUGAUUACAUUUGUUGAUGGUCUUACUGUGCCAACUUGUUUCGAAGUCAAUUCAGAUAUAUGCUAAUAUCCGGCUGAAAAUAUACCUGAAGUAAAUAAACCCCAUCCAUGAAAUUCCAGAAGUAUACAUGUAAAUCAACAUUUAUUGUGCUUGCCAUUUGGAUCUGAUACAAAGAUGGGUUGAAAUCAUAUUUGAAAUAGCUGUUUUUAUGCCCAAAUGGACUGUUAUUAAUUUUGUGUUUUUAGUGGCGCAUCGAUAACUGCAGAAGAGGCCCAGGAUGCAAUGGAGAGUUUUGUUGCAACACAAUGCUGUUAUGGUUCAAGUCCCGCCAAAGAAAUGGAGAUAAGGGAUAUUACACCAUCCAGUGCUUAUCAUGUGAGAAACAAAUUACAGUGAAUAGUUGGUUAAUCAAUGUAAAAUGCUGGUUAUCUUCAGUAGGAAUAUAAUAUCUGUUUAAAUUUCUAGUACAAGUUGACAACAUUCACAGAAUCUAGACAAACAGCCUGGCAGUAUGAACCAUUUACAGGUUGGUAUAUUGAUGGUAGUCCAUAUUUAUUCUAAUAAACGCCCACUCCCUCAACUUACAGACUUUUGUAAUAAACACCUUUCUCAAAUUAACGCCUCUCCCUAAUAGAUGCACCUGUUUAACUAAUACUGUACAUUUCACUGCACUUUGUGAAUUUGUGUGAAUUGUGUCCAGAUUUUGUAUUUUUGGGGUUAUACUAUGAAUUUUUGAAAAUAAACACCUCUCAAUUACACACCUCUCUCUAAUACACGCCUGUCUCUUAUAAACGCCCCCUUCCAAACUUUUUUUUUUAAAUAAACGCCCAGGGUGUUUAUUAGAAUAAAUAUGGUACUGCUACUGACAUACGAAACUGUAUCAAAAAGUCAUUGACUCAUGUUUGUGAUACAAAAAUUUUGUCUCAUGUUUUCUUGCUAAAUUUGGAGUUGUUGUUUAAACGAAAGAAUGUGAUGUUAUAAUCCAUUAAGUUGCAUUGGACUCCACUGCACCUAUUUUACUCAGUCUAAUGCCAGACAAUUUUACUCUUCAAGGGGAGAGCACUUGGCACUCAAUGGGUUAUCAGACUGUCUGCCCAUGUGUGUAGUUAAUUAUACUAUUUUGGUCUCUGAAAAUGUGAACAUGUAGUGAAAACAUGUGAAUAAAUCUCCAAACUUUAAUGGACAACUUGCAUGUUAGACUAAAUUUUAAUCUAAGUAAACAGAAGGGAAUAAAACACAACAGUUAAAAAGAACAUAAUGAAAUUAGUAAAAUAGCAAAAUUUGGUUGCAAAAUGUUGUAAAAUACAGAAAAUAUAGCCUUGCAAAGUUUGCCUAUUUUCAGUAUAUUUGUAUUACGGGAAAUUGUUAUCAUUUUCGGCUCAAAAAUGGUAACAAUUUCCGCACGUAAUACAAAUAUACUGAAAAUAUGCAAACUUUGCAAGGCUAUAUUUUCUGUAUUUUACAACAUUUCGUAACCAAAUUUUGCAAUUUUACUUAUUUUAAUAAGUUCUUUACGGGAAUUUACUUUUUUUGUCUAAAUCAAAAAUUAGUCUAACAUGCAAGUUGUCUAUUCGUAACGAAUUUGUCAUCAUAUUCGUAAAACAUUCAUUGAAAUUUGAGGUUGGGUAAAAAAGAUUUUGACUUUUUAAUGGUUGGAUCUGCAAACGUUUUACCAAAAAACAUCUCUCUUCAGUGCCCCCACAUAAACAACGACCGGUCCCUUAACAUUGCACUCAUUCGAUAUUUGUGUACUUAUUCUCACGCAGGUCAAGUGGUGGAUGGUCCUCACAAUGGACCUGCCCCUGGCCCAUGGAUGAUAAUGGUUCAGCCGAAACAAAUGUUCUCACCGUCGAGCACUAAACUUGAGGUUCCCCAUACUGCUUCUGUGAAGGUGCAUUGUUAUACUGUUCGAUAUCGGUUUAUGUUCUGUUUAUUUACUUGCAUGAUACGCAGGGUGCGUUCAAAAUUUUUAGUCGUACCUGACUGGUACUCGCUUACUGGAACCGCGUAUGUGAGCUGGUACAAGCUUAAGACUCAAGGUGUACUUAGUCUUUAAAAUGAAGUACAUAAAGUGUAGGUUUCUGAAAGGUAUUCAUUCAUUAAGUACUUGAAACUAGAAGUUAAAACAAGGAGAACAGUUGCAUAUACAAACACUACAAUCGACUGGAACAAUCCUUAGUCUCGUCCCAUUAAUCCAAUCAUGUUUAAUGCCAAAUCAUGUAAGACCUCAGGGUGCGAUAAUUCGCGUACUUACGUACCGGAGUACGCCAAUAUUACUGUCUGGUACUUCUUUGUUUUCAGCCACGUACCACGUAGGUACGCGGAACUCUUGCUAUCUGCGUACUUACGUUUUGCUGGUACCACAUGACCUUUCCAAGUCCAAGGUAUUCAAUACCGUAAUUUAGUUGGUAUAUCAUGUGUCUGAGAUGUCUUGGCAUGAAACAUGAUUGCACUGAUGGCACUAAGAAACGUUGGAGUCGGUUGUUUGAAAUAGCAAAACACCCUUUUCAAAUAGCAAAACUCCCUUUUGAAAUAGCAAAACUCCCUUUUCAAAUAGCAGAACACCCUUUUCAAAUAGCAAAACUCCGUUUGCUAUCUCGUAGUCUGAACAUACUUUUCAGAAACCUAUACUUUAUGAACCUUAUUUUUAAAGGUAAGUACACAUUGAGUACGGAGUUUGUUCUAGCGCAAGUACGCGGCAACAACCAUUGGCGUACCCGAGUCAGGUACGACUAGAAAUCUUGAAUGAUCGCACCCUGAAGACCUACAUGCAUAUAUUCCAACUAAAUUGUGGUUUUGAAUAACUUGUGCUUGGAAAGAUCAAAUCACAAGUGUCAAGUGGUACAAAUGGUACGUUGCUGGAAAAAAUAGAAGUAUCAGCCCAUAAUAUUGGCAUACCUUAGGGACGUAAGGACGCGAUUUAUCGCACCCUGCUGUGUUAGAAUAAACACGUACAGAAUGAAUAGAAAGUUGUAACUUAUGGACACAUAUUCCUUGCAGCAAUGUCAUGAAUGUUAUGGCGGAGGUUUCAAGCAAUGCAAGACUUGUGCUGGACGAGGUUGGGUAAGUGUACAGUGGAGUGGUUUGUCUCUUGCCCACUGAUCUUGCCCCCCCCCAGGGUCUUAGCUAGGAUUUUAGAACUUGGGCGUGUUUCUAAAUGACCAGGGUGUGCACAUGUCAAUUACCUCAAAUAGCCAAAUUCGCGGUUCUAGUUAUGGUCGCCAACAACAGACCAUACCUGUGGUUGUUCUAUGCUUUGCAACCAAAUACAAGGCAAGCAUACGCUCAUAUUACGCACUGACAUUAAAAUAUUAAGUUUUUUCAGCAACUCUUGGGGGUAUUUAAAACCAUUGUAACACCAUACAGUUCCCAUUAUCCACCAAAACAUUAAAACAUCACAUGCAGAUCACUUUCGCCAAUUUCAACAAUAACCGUAGAUUUUACAAACUUUCUUACAACGUACAGUGAAUAGGAAGAAAUUCUGUCUGUUAUUUUAUGAACCUACACAGCCUUAUAUAAAUAAUGAAACCGCAUUCAUUUUAUCUAGCCGUGUUUUUCCUUUUUUGGCCGCGAUAACACGGCCAACAUGGCCCUCUGGCUAAGACCCUGCCCCCCGCUUUACUAAGUUUAUUUGAUAAACGCAAAUAUAUACUUACCCUGGAUUCCAGAGCCUUCGACAGUAAAUAAUAAAUUGAAAUGUCGCGAAGGCUCUAGUUCAACGGGAAGUUUCUUUGAUUAAACCGCGCCAAUCACAAAACAGAAUUAGUGGUUUUAGCAAAGAAUCUUCCCGUCGAACCAGAGCCUUCGCGACGUUUCAAUUUAUUAUUUACUGUCGAAGGCUCUGGAAUCCAGGGUAAUAUAUGUCAUAGAAUGGAAAAUCCAUAUAAGGUCAUAGAAUGGAAAUUGUAUGGAACUUUAUUGGAAAUAGAAUGGAUUUUGAUGAUCCAUAAUAAUUGUAUAUUUCUAUACUAUGGAUAUAGUUAUAGUAUCGAAAUAGUAUGGAUAUACUAUGGAUUUAGUGGUUCAAUUGUAAAUUUCAUAGCAUGGAUUUCACAUUUUUUCCCAGUGUAAAAGAAUCUGAAAAUUACAUCGUUGAAAGAGAAAACGCAUUAUUACUAGGGAGGGUUUUUCAUUUGAAAAUUCAUAUAGGGAAAGUAUUCAGAUAGAUAUGUUGUUGCAUGUAUCCAACAAAUGCAUAACAUAACUAUUGUUUUCCUUUCUGCAGAGUAAGUGCCAUACUUGUCAUGGUCGUGGGGUGGUCAAAGAUGACUUCAAUGAAGAGAAGCCAUGCCAUGCUUGUUCGGGUGCAGGAGAAGGAAGGUUAGUGGAUGUAGGAAUUAUUAGAUUCCACUCGUCUGCAUCUCAGAAAGAACGACAGCUCAAGUAAUAUCGAUCUUUCUCAGAUCAAGUCAAGUUGAGAUCAGGUCACAAUUUCUUAUUGUGGAAUACAAGUACAUCAAUGGUGUUCUCGUUAUUCUAGAAUGCAGGAAACAAUAAAAUGACAGCCGAAACUGUGAUCUUUUGAAAAACCUAAUUUAUUUCGAAAAAUUAAAGCUAAUUCAUUCCACUUAUCUUCAUUAAAUUUUGCUCUUCAUUACAUUACUAUACAAAGUUUCCUUCGAAACAUUGUAUUGACACAAAAAUGAAUGGCUAUAUCAGUUUUUCGACAAUGAUUUUACAGAAAAACUUUCUUACAAAGUAUAGACCCUAAGCAACACAAAAUAAUGAAAAUAUUUUCAAAUUUUCGUUUUGAUCCAGCAUUUAACCUUGCCCAAUUUGAGGUUCAUGACUCUUCGGAGGAGGUGGAAACCACAGCUCUCCUCAAAAUCCCACCUGGUGGCCAGCGUUCGAUGGAAUUGUCGUUAACAUUUUUUUCUUUCUCAAGGUGCCCUCCAUGUAAUGGUGGGGGAAGGGUCAAGUGUGACGUUUGCAAUGGUCAUACUAGACUCAAGACAUUCAUACAGCUCACAGUUACAUGGUAUGUAUAUGCUGCUCAAUUGAACAUUUUUGCAUGAAGCGUAACUAUGUACUGUAUAUUUUAUUUUGUAUUGUAUAAUUCCAGGAAAAACCAUGAUUCGGAGAAAACUAUCGAGAGGUCUCAUGGUGGACCGAAGGACAAAGUUAAGGAAGCUGGAGGGCUGCAAAUAUUUCACCAACAAUUCCCACGGGUAAGGGCUGGUUAACACUAUCAAAGUUUCUGUGAUCACAGUAGGAAUUUUGCAUAUAGCUAAAUUCUAGGUUUUGAAGGAUUUGUAAGAAAUGUUUGAGGAAACUGACUAAGUGUUACAGGACAUAUGACUCGAAAAUUGACGGUGUUAUUUUUUAGUCUAAUUUGAAAGAUAAUUGAAAACUGUACAGUAACUUGUUUGGUAGAUUUUUGUUUUCUUGCUUCGUUUUGAAGAUAUUUCAUUUUGUAUGAUAUGCAAAGGACCAACUUUUACGUCACAUAUGCAUAAUGAUUUAGCCCUAAAAGCUGUGUAUUUUUAAUACGACUAAACACAAUCAGUAGAAAACCUACAUGGGUGUUGUUGUGGACAAAUCUCGUGCUCAUCAUUCAUGUUGAGCGAAUUUACAAAAUUAUAUAACAUUUUAAAGUAAUUCAUUAUGCAUGUGUGCCGUAGAAAGUUAGUCUUGCAUAUCAUACAAAAUGAAAUAUCUCCAAAACGAAGCAUAAAAAAAAAUUGUCAAAGAAGUUACUCUACAGUUUUCAAUUAUCUUUCAAAUUAGACUAACUAAAAUAACACCGUCAAUUUUUUGGUCAUAUAUAUGCCCUUUAAAUUAAACAGUGAAGUCAGUCUCCUCAAACGUUUCUUACAAAUCCAUCAAAACUUUGAAUUUUAAGGCAUGGUCAAGCACAGAAUCAUUCUCAGAUAAGUAAGAAGUAUUUUCAUAUUAAUUCUUCAUUAUUUAUAGGUCUGGCCAAUUACCACAUUCUUUGACAGCGAAAUCAACAAUGCAUCCCAACAAUUUGUGAGUGAACAUGCAACAUCUUGGCCACAAGAACGUAUUCUUAUGCAGGUACAUAUGUUGAUAAAAAGGGUUUUAAGUGGGUUAUUCACGGUGCGAUAGUUUCACCGGUGUAUGGGUAAUUGCCAGAAAACAAGUCAUGAGCCAGUUUGAGUUGUUUUGUGUUUGUCUGUUGGUGGAUUUCAGUAUGGGUUAACAAUACAGCAGAUGGUGUAUAACUUCACUUUAUAUUAACCACACAAAUGACUCGAGUUCUGCGUUCAAAGCGUUCAAAUUGUGUAUAGGUUUCAAGCUUGCAUCUAGAUUGUUUCCAAUAUUUUCCCAGUUUGUACCAGUUUGUACAAUAAUAAUACAUGCAUGUGUUAUGUACUGUUUACAGCAUGGGCGGCCGUGUCGUAUCGAUACUUAUUUUUCACCCUGCUCGGUUUCCUUUGUUCUUAGCGGGGAAUAUAUUCAAUAUUCCCCUCUAAAAGCUUGUGAAACUUCUUGAUGAGUACAUUCGUAUCCUUCAACAAUUUUUAAAUUAAUAGUUCAUUAAUAAUUAAUAACUAUUUUUUAAAUUUUAAUUGUUUUAAAAAACAAAUGAAUGAUAUUUGGUGAGAAAAUUGAUCUUAAAGUUUAUGUAAAUCAGCAUGAUUUUUAUCAGAUAUACAAACUUUUCAUUCUUUUGUGUUUUCUUCAUGAAAUAUUAUUCAUGGAUCAUGAUUAUUCUUAAGCUUCCGCAAAAUUUUGUACCAGCGUAAUUUCUUUAAUAUUUCUAACUUGCUUUACCACACUGAUCAACCACAAAUAAUACUUUUGCUUAUUUUUUUCAUAAGAAUCAUGUCCUCCGCGCCAUUCCCGUUGCUGAAGUGUCGUACGUAUGGAAGAAUGACAGCUAUCGUUUCUGGGUAUACGGCAAAGAACCCCGGAAGGUUUUUGCUCCAGAUUACCCCCAGCAAUGCUGUUGUGGUUGCGUCAUUCUCUGAGCCUGGGAACGAUUUCCAAUUUUAUUAAGAUGGAUAGCACUUCGCACGAUAGUCAUUUGACUGAUGAUUUAUAGGUUUAAAGAUGGUUGGACUAAAUUUUAAUAUUCAAUGCAUUAGUUUUAUACCAUAGUUCAAAAUUAAUAUAUAGUGUAGACCUCUUUGCUUGGAUGAAAUCGUGUCAACAAUAUAUAUGCCAUCAUAAUGUUUUUGUGUUCAGG